AUGGAGAAAAGGACUAACUUAGGUCUGAGCUGCUGCUCUAUAUCAUCCAUCCCGCUGGACUACGAAGAGAACAAACGGAAGAUCAUCGAGAGCAUAAAAAGAUGCAAAGAGCUAAAGUGCACAAUUCGAGUCGGUGGUGAAUUGGAACUUUGCGGGGUGAGUUGCAGAGACAGCUUCAAAGAGGUUGAAGACAUACACGAAAAUUGCUGGUACUAUUUAAGCGAACUGUUGAAGGAAAAAUGUGCAGAUGGGCCCCUCAUGGAGAAUAUCCUGUGCUUUGUUAGCAUGCCUGUGUAUUUUGAGAAGAAGCUUUACAACUGCCAAGUGGUUAUCUAUAGGAACAAAAUUAUUUUGCUGUCUCCGAAGGAGUGCUUAAGUGAUGAGGAGAGGAAGUACUUCGCUCCCUGGUCGGCGUUGGAAAAGGGGGGUAUCGAGCAGGGGGUCGAAUAUGCAGCAGAAGGGACUCCUCCCAUGAAUCAUUCGUCGAGUUACAUCCAGUUUAAUAACUCCAGCGUCCAGAUUCUAGGCAACAAUCUACAGAGGUAUGCACUCCCUAAGUGUAUCCAGGAGGUAACAAAUCAGACGGAGACCUACAUCGGGAAGGCACUAAUACAGCUAGGGGACAUAUCUAUUGGACAUGUUUUUUUGGAUGACUUGAUCCAAGUUGAGAGGGGUAUACUGGUGGAUGGUCGAGUGGAGCAUUUUAACCGUCACGGGUCAGCGUAUUUGAUGGAUGGUACUGGUACAAGUGGUUUUAGUGGUGACAGCGCCACUGGGGAGACCCACCUUCUUUUUGAGCAGGAUCCCAUAAAGCUGAGUCUGCGGGAGGGGCAUACCAAGGCGUUGAUGAACCAAGUGGAUGUCCUGUUGGUGAGUGGCCACGUCCCCAACGAGUUGCAACUGUUUAAGAAGUACUUCAUCCAGAUGAUGCAUGUAACCAAAUGGUAUCCCCAUAUGGUCCUCAGUUAUAAUACCAACUCUGGGUGUGAUAAUUAUUUUUUCAAGUACGAUGGAUUUUCUUUCAUCAGUCAGAACAACCAAGUGCUGACUAAGAACGCCAGGUUUACCUUCGAUGAGGUGCAGGUUGCGUCUGUUAGUGUGUCUCUAGGGGGAUAUUCCCACCCACAGGGGGGAAGUAAAACGGACCUACCCAUUAUUAAGAUGGAGAAGUUUCAAAAAAUUGGGGAGAGUAAAACAAAUGCAGAUGGUUGCCACGAUGGAGAGUGCAUUUUUUCAUACAACAAAGAAAUUGAGUUGUCUGUGAAAUAUUCAAAGGAGGUCAUUUGGAAUAACCUGCCACAGAACUUUAACUGGCAGAUGUACACAAAGAAUAAUGCACUAAUGUCAACGCUCAUGAGAAAAUAUCACCCCAGUCCUGACGAUUGUAAGUACCAGUUUGCCAACCAGACGUGCGCGUUGCAUAAUGUGUAUGAAGAGCUGUGCUUUAAUAGUGCCAUAUACUUCUGGCACGUUUUGCACCUAACCAAUGCGAAGGGAUUUAUGUUGGCCCUAUCUGGGGGAGUCGAUUCUGGGUUCAACGCGUGCAUGGUUUAUCUUCUCUCCAUAAUGAUCGAAAUGGGAAUGAAGGGGAAGGGUAUCUCCGCCCCAUUGGGAGAUUCAGCUGAGAGUUGCCUAGAUCACUUCAAUAGGGAACAGUUCUGCCUAAAGUUGAAGCGGCUGCUAAUUGAUACCCCUUGCCGGAAGGACAUAUGCAACAAGCUGCUUAACACGCUGUCUCUUCCCUCCAAGAACAGCAGCGAAAAUACAAGGUCCUACUCGGAGCAGCUAAGUAAGGCUAUAAAUUCGUACCACACUGUGUACUGCAUAGAUGACUUAUUCGACUUUUUUAAAAGUGCGGGAAGGAACUUAAUUAGCGAAGAAAUGAAGUUUAAAAGCCAAGGAGGAAGCAACUACGAGGAUCUGUGUCUACAGAAUGUCCAGUCCAGGUCGAGGCUUCUAAUGGUUUACUUCUUCUCCCCCCUUAUUUGCCACAAGAGAUAUUCCCCCCUGAAUUUGCCCAAUGAAUUUCUACUUACCAUAGCUACUGGUAAUUUGGACGAAACGAUAACUGGGUACUACACGAAAUAUGACUGCUCAUCAGGGGACAUAAACAUCAUUGGAAAUGUCAGUAAAAUAUUAAUCAAAGAGACCAUGUGUUUGUUGGCCAACGACCCGAUGUACGAUCUGUCUGUCUGCAAUUCGAUGAAUCAGUAUCAACCCUCGGCUGAGUUAAAACCUUUGGAUAAUACCCAGACGGAUGAGGAUGACCUGAAUUUGAAAUACCUUGAGAUGAAAUUGUUGGCUAUAUUGAAGAAUAAUUUUUUUUUGGGUCCUUCCUCCAUGUUGCAUUACUUAUCGAGGUACUUCUGGUCUGAGGGGUUAAUGAGUAAAGCUCAAUUGUUGGAAAAAGUGAAGACCUUCUUCUCUCGAAAUUUGCAGAAUACACACAAGCUACUUGUCCUUCCGCCUUCGCCCAUGGGGGAAGCAUGUGGAUUGCACCUCUCCUCCUUAGUUAACUUUGCGCGGGUUAAUGUGGGUACCUCCAAGAGGUAG